GACAGAGACACACAGAGACAGAGAAACCAAUGACCGACACUCAUCUCUCUUGUCCUCUCCCUCACCUCUCUCUUGUCUUCUCUCUCUUUCUCUCUCUCUCUUUCUUCUCUCUCAAUCUCCAUCUUUCGCAAUCUCUCUCUCACUCUUUCUCUUCUCUCUCAAUCUCCAUCUUUCGCAAUCUUCUCUCUCUCUUUUCUCUCUCUCUCUCUCACUCUCUUCUCUCUCUCUCUCUUCUCUCUCUUUCUCUCAAUCUCUUUCUCCUCUCUCUCACACACUUCUCUCUCAAUCUCGCACUCAAUCUAUCCCUCUCUCUCUCUACUUUCUUUAUGGAGAGUUACUCUCUCCUACACAGUUCUUACCAGAGUUCUGUUCUUUUCUCCGGCUUCGGGAAGCUGCGCUCUGACAGGAGGCUGUGUGAUGUUGUCUUGGAGACGGGAGGCAUGUCCUUCCCGUGUCACCGCGUCCUAUUGGCCAGUUCCAGCCAGUAUUUCUGGUGUUUGUUUGGUGAGAAGAUGGAGGAGAGGAUAGCUGCUAGCAUUAGACUCCCGGCGCUAACUCCUGCAGGACUAGAGACUGUUCUGGACUUCCUGUACUCUGGAUGGCUCAGCCUAUCAGCUACCUCACUGCCCGUUGUUCUGGAGACUGCCAGGUACCUUCAGGUGGACACAGCUGUGUCGCUAUGCGAGCGCUUCCUUAGCGACGGGCUGUCGCUGAGGACCUCAUGUUUCUAUGCCAACCUGGCUGAGCACCACUUCCUGCCUGACGCGCUGGCAGCCGCCAAUCAAAUCAUCGCCAUAGAGAUGGCCACUUUGCUACGGGAGGACAGGGAGGGGCUUCUGGGGCUGAACGUCCAAUCACUAACGGAUGUGCUGGACAGGGAUGAACUACCUGGUGUCAAGGAGGUGGAGCUACUGAAACUUGUGCUGGAUUGGCUGGAUGCUAACCAGCCUCUCCCAUUGGUCCGCUGUAACCUGCUGCUCAGCCGACUCCGUUUUGGAUUGGUUACUCCCUCUGACAUCACAACAAUAAGCCCUGCCCACACCAACAUGAACACGCCCCUGAUGAGGAGUAAGGUGACGCAGGCGCUGGAGUAUCAUUGGCUGGGCUCAGCUAGACCAAUAAGACAGAGCCGACACUCCUCCCUCAGAGCAGCAGCCAACCACGUGCUCCUAGUGGGGGGUGGGCCCAGCACUGAUUGGCCACAGCAGCAGGUGCUCACCUUCGACCUUAGAGACAGGAAGUGGUCAUCAUUGAGCGCUGGUCUCCCACGACGACUGAAGAACCACUGUGUGUGCUGCGUCGGGGGGUUCCUGUUUGUGAUUGGAGGAGAAGAGGUGAAGGGCGGAGCAGAGUGGGGCGAAGGGAAGUCUGUUUCUAUGAUGACAACUAAUUGUGUGUGGCGAUACGAUCCUCGCUUUGCAUGCUGGGAGGAAGCGGACCCCAUGCUGGAGAGGAGAUCCCAGUUCAGCUGCUGUGUUGUAGACCAUGUCAUCUACACUAUAGGGGGAACACACACACACUCAGACACACACUCCUGCCUGGCCUCAGUGGAGUUCUAUGACAUGGCAGCAGGUCAUUGGCGGAGAGGAAUUUCUCUGCCCCGCCCCCUUUAUGGCCAUGCCUCGGUCACCCUGGGAACUGGAAUCCUAAUGUCUGGUGGUAGACAUGGCAACCAGGACCGUACACAGGUCAGUAUCCAGGAGGGUAAUCAGGGCAACUGUGAGGUCCUCUUCCUAAAUAUGGUUGCUAGGGGUGGAGUUUGGGAGAAGCGAGCACCGAUGUCCAUUGGCCGUUUCGGUCACCGCAUGGCAACUGUUGCUGGAUGUGUCUACGCGUUACUAGGAAUGUACGAGCACUACUGCGAUAUUGAGCGAUAUGACUCACUCGCUGACCAGUGGACACGCCUUCGCCCAGUACUCAUUGGCUCGUUCGACUACGGACUGGUGGCAACAGCAAAUGGGAGGCUGCUGCUGUUCGGAGGCAGGAAAUGGCGGGAUGGACAGGAAGUGAGCGUAGCAGGUGUUCUAGAAUAUGACACAGAGAGAGACCGUUGGGCCGAGAUCUGUCAGCUACACACUCCUCUGACUGGAACACAAUGUGUUGUGAUGGCUCUGUCAGACUAACACACAUCAGACUGGAACACAAUAUACAGGGAGUAGAAAAUAACAUGGCUAUAUACAGGGAGUAGAAAAUAACAUGGCUAUAUACAGGGAGUAGAAAAUAACAUGGCUAUAUACAGGGAGUAGAAAUAACAUGGCUAUAUACAGGGAGUAGGAAUAACAUGGAUAUAUACAGGGAGUAGGAAUAACAUGGAUAUAUACAGGGAGUAGAAAAUAACAUGGCUAUAUACAGGGAGUAGAAAAUAACAUGGCUAUAUACAGGGAGUAGAAAAUAACAUGGCUAUAUACAGGGAGUAGAAAAUAACAUGGCUAUAUACAGGGAGUACCAGGUAAUAACAUGGAUAUAUACAGGGAGUACCAGGUAAUAACAUGGCUAUAUACAGUAAGUAGAAAAUAACAUGGCUAUAUACAGGAAGUAGAGAAUAACAUCGUUAUAUACAGGGAGUAGAAAAUAACAUGGUUAUAUACAGGAAGUAGAAAAUAACAUGGUUAUAUACAGGGAGUAGAAAAUAACAUGGUUAUAUACAGGAAGUAGAAAAUAACAUGGUUAUAUACAGGAAGUAGAGAAUAACAUGGUUAUAUACAGGGAGUAGAAAAUAACAUGGUUAUAUACAGGAAGUAGAAAAUAACAUGGUUAUAUACAGGAAGUAGAGAAUAACAUGGUUAUAUACAGGGAGUAGAAAAUAACAUGGCUAUAUACAGGAAGUAGAGAAUAACAUGGUUAUAUACAGGGAGUAGAAAAUAACAUGGCUAUAUACAGGAAGUAGAAAAUAACAUGGUUAUAUACAGGAAGUAGAAAAUAGCAUGGCUAUUUACAGGGAGUAGAAAAUAACAUGGCUACAGUGGUUCUUCCUUUAAAAGUUGCGUUGUACUGCCACACAGCUUGAGGGCUGCUGCGGAUUGCACGUUAUUUAAGUAUCAGCCAUUGUUGCCAUUAAGGCUAGUUAGUAUUAAUGCUAGUUAAUACUAGUUUGACCACCAGAGGGAAUGUUUGAGAAGCAUUUGACUGUAUUAAUAUUGGCUGGACUAGAGUUUUUUUUUUGUAAGAACAUAGUAUAUGUGAUUGAUUUAGCUUAAUUCAUUUGAUUAAUAUUAUGGUGUUUCUAUUCCAAGAAAAAUGAAAAACGAAACCCUCAGGGUUUCCAUUAGGAAAAUAUGGCACUGUACAACGCUGUACUAAGUGACUGCGAGUGAAGAGGAAAAUAAUCCUAAUAUUUCUACACCCUAAUUGCAGGCUAACCAAUACCCAAACAGAGAUUCAGUGAAAAUUUAAAUCUCAUUGAUUUAUUAAGACCAGUCCCCAUUGAUUUAUCACUACCAGUCCCCAUUGAUUUAUCACUACCAGUCCCCAUUGAUAUAUCACUACCAGUCCCCAUUGAUUUAUCACUACCAGUCCCCAUUGAUUUAUCACUACCAGUCCCCAUUGAUUUAUUAAGACCAGUCCCCAUUGAUUUAUCACUACCAGUCCCCAUUGAUUUAUCACUACCAGUCUCCAUUGAUAUAUCACUACCAGUCCCCAUUGAUUUAUCACUACCAGUCUCCUUUGAUAUAUCACUACCAGUCCCCAUUGAUUUAUUAAGACCAGUCCCCAUUGAUUUAUCACUACCAGUCCCCAUUGAUUUAUCACUACCAGUCCCCAUUGAUAUAUCACUACCAGUCCCCAUUGAUUUAUCACUACCAGUCCCCAUUGAUUUAUCACUACCAGUCCCCAUUGAUAUAUCACUACCAGUCCCCAUUGAUUUAUCACUACCAGUCCCCAUUGAUUUAUCACUACCAGUCCCCAUUGAUUUAUUAAGACCAGUCCCCAUUGAUUUAUCACUACCAGUCCCCAUUGAUUUAUCACUACCAGUCUCCAUUGAUAUAUCACUACCAGUCCCCAUUGAUUUAUCACUACCAGUCUCCAUUGAUUUAUCACUACCAGUCCCCAUUGAUAUAUCACUACCAGUCCCCAUUGAUUUAUCACUACCAGUCCCCAUUGAUUUAUCACUACCAGUCUCCAUUGAUUUAUCACUACCAGUCCCCAUUGAUAUAUCACUACCAGUCCCCAUUGAUUUAUCACUACCAGUCUCCAUUGAUUUAUCACUACCAGUCCCCAUUGAUAUAUCACUACCAGUCCCCAUUGAUUUAUCACUACCAGUCCCCAUUGAUAUAUCACUACCAGUCCCCAUUGAUAUAUCACUACCAGUCCCCAUUGAUUUAUCACUACCAGUCCCCAUUGAUAUAUCACUACCAGUCCCCAUUGAUAUAUCACUACCAGUCCCCAUUGAUUUAUCACUACCAGUCUCCAUUGAUUUAUCACUACCAGUCCCCAUUGAUAUAUCACUACCAGUCCCCAUUGAUUUAUCACUACCAGUCCCCAUUGAUAUAUCACUACCAGUCCCCAUUGAUUUAUCACUACCAGUCCCCAUUGAUAUAUCACUACCAGUCUCCAUUGAUUUAUCACUACCAGUCCCCAUUGAUUUAUCACUACCAGUCCCCAUUGAUUUACCACUACCAGUCCCCAUUGAUUUAUCACUACCAGUCCCCAUUGAUUUACCACUACCAGUCCCCAUUGAUUUAUUAAGACCAGUCCCCAUGCUCAGAGCAGCACAAAACGAUGCUGAAAUAGUUGACCACAUGCCAUGUUCAAAUCCUAUCAUAACAAUUGGAUGACUUUGUUCCAGUAAGAAACAAUUUGUUGCCUUCAUUAGACUACUUUAUUCUGAAAAAUUAAUCUGUAAAUCUGCCAAGCCUAUAAGCAAAGAUGAACUGGUCAAGGCCAUCAAGACGUUUUGGCUUUGAGAAAAUGACGAUACAACAAUGAAACAAAUACAUUGAUCACCUCAGCAAGGUUUUGCCAGUGGUCGUGGAUCUGGGGGGAAGUGCAACUAAAAUGUAGCUGAGAUGUACUGUACAGUAGUGGAAAUAAACAUCUGUAUUUUAGAAGUAUUUUUUAUUGUUAUUUUAUUAACGAAAGCAUAAAGAUGUUGAUGAACAUAUACUGUGUUAAACUUUAGAGUACUUAAGCAUCGAAUACAUUGCAAGUUGGGUGGAUUUUCACACCUACAGUGGCCGGGCUAUUAAACUAAUCGUGGAUAACAGAUCGGCUCUCGGAACUCAUUCUGCGUCUUUCUUCAAUAUGCUUUAAAUGUCACAAAUAUUUGAACCCAACAUGAGCAGAUGAACAGAAGGUCAAAACAUGUAUUCAUUAAAGACUGUCAGAAAGAAUGU